AUGGAAGAAAGCGGAGGGACCCUCCGGCAGAGGCACACGACCGCCACUGCCGACGCCGAUGCCGAUGCCGACGCUUCGCUGGAGCGAAUGGGCAUUAAGUCCGACCUCAACCGUCAUUCGUUCUCGAACAUUUCCAUGCUUGGCAUGGCGUUCGCCAUCGUCAAUUCAUGGUGUGCCAUUGGCACCACAGUCAACGCGUCCCUGCCAUCUGGCGGGCCCAGCAGUGCCGUGUGGGGCAUUGUCAUCGCCGGCAUCUUCAACAUGUGCUGCGGGGUGUCGCUGGCCGAGUUCCUGUCAGCCUACCCGACGGCGGGUGGCCAGUACCACUGGGCGGCUGUGGCCAGUUGGAAGUCAACGAGACGGGCCGUCAGCUACAUCACCGGCUGGAUUAACCUCGCCGCGUGGGUGUGUCUGGCCGGGGCCAACUGCCUGCUAGUCAGCGGAAUCAUCAUGAGCUAUGCCCAGCUCAUAUACCCGACCUUUGAGCCACAGCCGUGGCAACGACUCCUGCUGUACAUUGCCGUCGACGUCAUUGCCUUUAGCUACAACCUGUUCGCCAACCGCUUCCUGAGCCACUUGAACAAGUACAACAUGUUCUUUACUCUGGCGGGUUUCGUCGCAAGCCUGGUUGCCAUCCUAGCGUGCGCGGCUCCAAACUUCCAAAGCGCCAAAUUUGUGUUUGGCGGGUUUAUCAAUAAAACUGGCUGGACGAAUGGUUGGGCCUGGCAGCUGGGUCUGCUACAGGGUGCAUUCUCCGUGACGGCCUACGAUUCCACCAUCCAUAUGAUUGAAGAGAUGCCGAACCCCACCACUCAGGGCCCCCGGCUCAUUAUCUACGCCAUCGGGAUGGCGGUCGUCACGGGGUUUGGCUACAUCGCCGCCGUGCUCGCCGUGAUCAGUAAUAUCCCGAAAGCCAUCAAUUCCUCAGAACCCCUUCUGGAGAUCUAUUACCAAGCGACGCAGAACAAGGCCGGCAGUAUCUGCCUGAUGAUGUUCCCCCUCCUCUCCUUCGUCCUAUGCGCCAUCGACGACAUGGCCACCAGCGCCCGGGUGGCCUAUGCCCUAGCGCGCGACGGCGGCAUGCCCUUCAGCAGCCACUUCGCACGCGUGAGCCCAACCUACGGCGUCCCCGUGACGGGACUCGUCUGGUGUUUCGUAUGGGACAUCAUCUUCGCUCUCGUCUUCCUCGGCUCCGACGACGCCUUCAACGCCAUCGUCUCCGCCGCCGUCGUCUGCUUCACCAUCACCUACGCCAUCCCCCCGGGAAUCAACAUGCUGCGCGGCCGCCGCAUGCUCCCCGAGAACCGUAGCUUUUAG